CAACGCGAGCUCUGAUUGGCCAAUUCCUCUAGGUUUCCCUCAGAACUGCAAGACGCCGAUAUUGCGUUACAUUGUAGCAAAAUGGCGGCUGUCAUUCAGAAUCCACUAAAAGCGUUGGGUGACCAGUUCUAUAAGGAUGCCAUUGAGCAGUGUCGCAGCUACAACGCCCGGCUGUGUGCCGAGCGCAGCGUCCGUCUGCCGUUCUUGGACUCGCAAACGGGAGUGGCCCAGAACAACUGCUACAUCUGGAUGGAGCGCCACCAUCGCAGCCCUGGUGUUGCUGCUGGACAGAUGUACACGUACCCCGCUCGCUGCUGGAGAAAGAAGAGGCGGCUCCACCACGCCACAGAUCCCCGCCUGGGCCUGUACGGCCUGCAGCUCGACGGUGGCCUUAUGUCCAAGGACUCCCUGCCGGCCCAGAGCACCACACUGGAGGCGCUGCUGCGAGGGGAGGGUCUGGACAAGAGGAACAACUCUAAGAACGACGAGGAGAGUCUGCUGGAGAUCCAGAGGGUUCUAGAGGCGGAUGCAGCAGAGGACGCAUUCAACGACGACGAUGACUAUGAGGUGGACACUCCCAAAAGGAGACACAGGGGCAAAGGAAGAGGUCGAGGUUCAGGCCGCAGGAGGACAGACCUGGACGACGACAAGCCAUAUGUCUGUGACAACAGAUACAAACAAAAGCAGAACUCCAAAUCUUCGACCUCAGUUUACGCGAAGCGCUACAGGAACCGUACAGGACUAAGCUACCACUACACUCAUUCCCACCUGGCGGAGGAGGACAGAGCCGGCGAGAGGAGCACCGUGGUGUCCAGAUCCCCCUCCGUCCCACAGAGCGACCGACACAAACGUCCGAAGGCUCCUGGGGGGACCAGCCUCCCCAACAACUACUGUAAUAAAUGCCAGGGCCUGAAUAAGAAAACCGGUAAAUUCGGGUCUUCCUGCCAAUGCACAAGUGAGUUCGAACGAAGCGUUCCUCAAAGCGCUGCUGCUGUUUCACAUUCACACCGCCGGUCUCCUGUCCUGUGUCCAGCUGACUGUGGAGACGAGAAGGAAGACGGGACGUUUGCGGGAGCGGAGGAGCUGUUCGGCACCACCUCGGAGAGCGACACGUCCACCUUUCACGGAUUUGAGGACGACGAGCUGGAGGAGCCGGCCACGAACAGCAAUGGAAUAUCCACCCAACACAGAUAGAGCAAGACCUGUUGAAUUUAAAGAGAUUUUUUUUAUAUGGAUUAACCUCUGGCAACGAUCUGCUGCUUCUUUUUCAUGUUUGUUUGCAGAAAGCACAAAGUGAUUUCAGGACAGAGAUGCAAGUGGUAUUUUAUCUACUGAACAUUGUUGAAUAAUUUAUGGACACAUUUUAUAUAUAAAUAUAUAUAAAUAUAAUACCUUUGGCGGCAAUGAACGAUCGUCAGUGUUUCUUGACAAGGACUCGAUUUCAGAGCAAAACUGAACUUUUUUUUGGAGUGUUUUCAUUUUCUCUCACUGGAUAAGAAGAAGUGUAAAUGUUAUGACCAUGAAACACUGGAAAUAUUGCAGAAUCAACAAGUGAAACCUUUUUAAAGGCAUGAAUGACGUGUCUGGGACAUGAGUGAAUGUCGUUGAAGACCGACGCCUGAGCUACUGGAUGUUUUUUGGUCAGUGUGGAUAUGAAGGUCUCUCUACUCUAACUUGGGGUAAAACUUGAGUGAACAUGAAGGAACCACCACGGGCCACUGGGAAAAGAUGGAGUGCUUAAAUACAGCCUUUAAAGGCACAGUGGACAAAAUCCAUUUAAAAAGGGACACUCAGCACACAUCGGCAUGUGGCCCAGAGGUGGCGGUGACCAGUGAAGGAAAGGACUUAACCCUCCGAAACUAAUGAGCCUUCAUGUCCCUCCUGAUUUGGGCCUAAGCGAACUGACGCAAACGGAUGCAUGGAUGCAUCCACUUCUACAGGCCAUGUGACAUAAUUGAGACGACUGCUCCCUUGAUAAUAUGUAUUGAUCCCUUGUGAACAUUUAGAAAUGUGAGUAAAUCCAGCUGAAUUUCAUCCUUUCUGCACUGCGCUGGAGCUCCACUGAAUCAUGGGAACACUAAAGGCCAGGCCUUUGGACCGUUCGGGCCCGACGGGUGCCUUCGGGGCCCCCGUGGCCCAGCCUGCCCGCCCGCUCCUGCUCUGUGACUGUGUGUCUGCCGCGUGAUCCGAUGUGACACUAAGACGUCAUUAUCCUCAUCACUGUGCCAGCCUGCCGCUCUGCACUGGAAACCAGCUCUGACAGCCAUGACCCUCCAACCGCAUUGGACCAGUGACCCCCUGACCCCCCCAGCCAUAGAGAUGGUGCUUAAAUCCACCAUUACUACAUGCAGACCUCUGGACUACUGCAUCAAUAAUCCACCAUCUUCUGUCCCUAUGUGUCUUCAACCUCUUAUUUCCGUUGGGUUGCAGUAAUUGAGAUACUUUGCCUCAUCUUCCUCUGUUGUAUAAUAUGUUUAAGUUUUGAACUCUUAAGUAGAACGACUUCUUGGAUUUGUUCAGACUGUAUUGAUACCUCUGUCCUGAUCAGGUGCACAAUAGCCACAACUACUCAGGCAUCCUUCAUUUCCUCUGCUGUUGAUUGUUCAGACACUUAGCCCUGAUUCACGUGAUUGUAUUCAGCGGACAAAUAGGAACAGUAACACACUCCGAUUCAGUCAUGACCUGCAGUUUUUACAAAGUGUGUGAUGCUUCGCCAUCAUGCUAUAGGAAAGAGUCCCACUAACAAUCUGUACCUGUUUUCACAACUCAUGUGCAUUCCUUUAGGAAGCCACGGUGUCAGUAGACCUGAACUAAAGGGAGCUUCAACUGGGUGGUUGAAGAGACACAGCUCGGCUCAAAUCCACAAAAAGUAAAUCAAAGCUAUCUGUGACAUUUCCGUUGAGUGCUUUAGAGGCCCUAAUUGCUUUAUGACAUUUAGAAGGUGCUUGAAGUACUGUAUCAAAAAGACUAGGUCCAUAGGUUGCACAUGCUGUGAGAAUUGUGUCCUUCCAUGUGAUUAUUCAGUAUCGCUGCAAUGUAACGCUGCACCAUUUCCAGUGCUAACCAUGAAUCCUAUGUCUAUGACUCGCUUGUGCAUUCAAAACAACUUUCCUCACCUCCCUCAGGGACCUCAACGCCGCAGUUUGUCCCCUCAACCUUGUCAACUAUCUCGUCUGCUCUUGUAUCAGCUAAGUGGUGUUUCCACGGUUAAAUAGGUCAUUGUGUCUUUUAUCUUCCAGUGUCAUGCCAGUAAGUGAAAGCAUGUGUCAUCAAUCAUAAACCUGCUAAAUGUUACCUACCGUAUAUCAACAGGCCGAUUGUGGUGCAUUUGUGAACAAACAGGAGACGCUCCUAAAUGCAAAAGUCACCAAUCAUUGAAUAGCCUGUAUACCUCGUCAAAGACACAGCAAUAGGCCCUGCGACUCUCCUGUCAAGCCUGAUGGUGGAGGAGAGGGAGGAACAGGGUGGGAACGGAGCCAAGAGGAGAUGAAAUGGACACGACUGAGCGUUUGUUUCAUCUUCAGCUGUAAAUACAAGUCAAAUGGAGAGAAUGAAGAAGUCUUUGUUUGUUAAACUAUUUUUAUUGUUCUGAAGAAAUAAAGAAAGACUGGUA